AGAAGUUCAAGCAGCUCGCUUUUUGGCAAGCACUUGGCGACGUCAGCAGCCGAGUAUCACCAGCAAUGGCGUUACUCCGUGCGGGGCUGGCAUGGAUUAUCGGCAUCUCCUGCGCCCUUCCCGCUGGCGCGCAGGACGCCGUGGCUGAGUACGGAGUACCCCUCUGGGCCCACGAGGAAAGACUGAACGACCGACGUUUGUAUUUCGCCGACGCACAGUGCACCUACGCAAACGUGCCGCUACCUGCUUCGGCCCUACUGUGUACCACGACAACGGCCUCGAGUACCACUACAAAGUCGACAACCACAAAAACGACAACUUCUCAAUCGACAGGAACAACGACGAUGACCUCGAGUACCUCUGCAAGUUCGGCGACUCAGACAACUGGAACCACGAUGACCACAACGGCCGUGACCGCUACAACAUCAGAGACAACCAAAACGAGAACUACAGUCUCAACCUUGACUACCACCUCUCGGACUACCACCUCUCGGACUACCACCACUGGGACUGCGAGUUCCAGCACGACGGUGUCCACGACCUCUGAGACUUCGAGUACUACCGUGUCCUCGACGACCGCGAGUUCUAGCACGACGCGGUCCACUACCUCUGAGAGUUCCACUUCUGAGACUUCAAGCACUACCGUGUCCUCGACGACCGCGAGUUCCAGCACGACGGUUUCCACGACCUCUGAGACUUCGAGCACGACCGCCUCGGUGACUUCCAGCUCUAGCGUGUCCUCGACGACUGCGAGUUCCAGCACGACGGUGUCCACGACCUCGGAGACUUCGAGCACUACCGUGUCUUCGACUACCGCGAGUUCCAGCACGACGGUGUCCACGACCUCGGAGACUUCCAGCACUACCGUGUCUUCGACUACCGCCAGUUCAAGCACGACGGUUUCCAGCACGACGGUUACCACGAGCACUACCGUGACGAGCACUACGCCGGACCCUACACCAGCACCGACACCAGCGCCAACGCCUGCACCAACACCAGCGCCUACGCCAGCGCCGACGCCAGCGCCAACGCCAUUGCCACCAACACCAGCGCCUACGCCGGCGCCGACGCUAGCACCGACACCAGCGCCCACGCCCGUGCCGACGCCCGCGCCAACGCCAGCGCCUACGCCAGCGCCGACACCAGCGCCGCCACCAACACCAGCGCCUACGCCGGCACCGACGCCAGCACCAACGCCAGCGCCUACGCCAGCGCCCACGCCAGCACCGACGCCCGCGCCAACGCCAGCGCCUACGCCAGCGCCCACGCCGGCGCCGACGCCCGCGCCAACGCCAGCGCCUACGCCACGCCUACGCCAGCCGCACCGACGCCCGCGCCAACGCCAGCGCCUACGCCAGCGCCCACGCCAGCACCGACGCCCGCGCCAACGCCAGCGCCUACGCCAGCACCGACGCCCGCGCCAACGCCAGCGCCUACGCCAGCGCCUACGCCAGCACCAACGCCAGCGCCAACGCUAGCACCGACGCCAGCACCAACGCCAGCGCCUACGCCAGCACCAACGCCAGCGCCAACGCUAGCACCAACACCAGCGCCUACGCCAGCGCCUACGCCAGCACCGACGCCAGCGCCGACGCCAGCGCCCACUCCCGCGCCGACACCAGCGCCCACUCCCGCGCCAACGCCAGCGCCAACGCUUGCACCAACACCAGCGCCUACGCCAGCGCCGACGCCAGCGCCUACCCCAGCGCCACCAACACCAGCGCCCACUCCCGCGCCGACACCAGCGCCCACUCCCGCGCCAACGCCAGCGCCAACGCUUGCACCAACACCAGCGCCUACGCCAGCACCGACACCAGCGCCCACGCCCGUGCCGACACCAGCGCCUACCCCAGCGCCAACACCCAUUCCUACCACGACCUCUGGGACUUCGAGUACUACCGUGUCCUCGACGACCGCGAGUUCCAGCACGACGCGGUCCACGACCUCUGAGACUUCGAGCACUACCGUGUCCUCGACGACCGCGAGUUCCAGCACGACGCGGUCCACAACCUCUGAGAGUUCCACUUCUGAGACUUCGAGCACUACCGUGUCCUCGACGACCGCGAGUUCCAGCACGACGCGGUCCACUACCUCUGAGAGUUCCACUUCUGAGACUUCGAGCACUACCGUGUCCUCGACGACCGUGUCCUCGACGACCGCGAGUUCCAGCACGACGCGGUCCACUACCUCUGAGAGUUCCACUUCUGAGACUUCGAGUACUACCGUGUCCUCGACGACCGCGAGUUCCAGCACGACGCGGUCCACGACCUCGGAGAGUUCGACAACUCCGACUUCGACAUCUGCGACUUCGACAACUCCGACUUCCACCUCCGAGACUUCAAGCACUAGUGUUUCCUCGACGACGGCGAGUUCCACCACGACCGCGACCACAUCCGCCACCUCGGUCACUUCCAGUACUACUACCGUAUCAACCGUGACAACGUCCUCGAGUACAACGAAGUCCACGGUUUCUGCGACUACCACGUCAUUUGUGACUACGACCGACACAACCUCGACCCAGACAACCUCUACGAUAACCUCUACGGAGACAAGCGUGACCACCACCACGACUGUGGCGUACUGUACCACUUGCGGGCUUUACCCGCUGCAGAAUUGCGAAUAUCUCUUUGCGGGAGAGACGUGCACAGGUAUCCCAAUGGAGACGCAGUGUGUCAGCCAGGACGUCCCCGUGCUCACGUGCCCUAACGGGACAGGGCGACAUCAGGCGCCAGAGCUGUCGUACGGCAGCUACCCCGAAGUGCUGUGCAGGGUGUGCGGCACUCCUGUCCUCACCGCCGAUUCGGACCCCCAGGC